ACAUUUCCUGCGUUGUCAUUGAACACCGCAGAUGCAUUCAACACACACGCUACCCCCCUGACAAUACUGUUACGAGCCUUGAGAGAUUAUCGGAUGUAAAGAAUGUUCUCACAUUUCGGAGCGCCGCAUCAUCUGCCGCCAUUUGAAUAGGAUUAUGACACUUCACGGCCGACGAACGCCAUUAACACUUUCGAAUUUGAAAUAUCUUAUCUUACGCCAAUUCAAUUUAAAGCAUUCAUUAAUUUAAAUUUAUUAAGCGUAUCAAAUAUAAAAUUAAUCACUUUACCUAAAGAAGGUUCGAUGAACUCGUCACCGGUUGCGAAAGUGUGGCGGCAAAACGACGGCCCCGUUCAGUUCGGCCAUUCGGUCGCACUGGGUCGCACGAAGAAUUACGAAGUGCCUUGGCUAUAGUCGCGUUAAAAUCUGUGCUUUUAGGUAGCUUGCACUACAAAUACCACAUAUUGGCCUCAGUACUGGACACCAGCCAUUGCGUCGAAUUCCCGGCGCGUCUCUAAACCGCCCAGCGAGUCACGCAGGAUAUGUGGGAAGUCAGUCUCUCGGUGCGUUCGCGCUACCCGUCGUCCCGUGCUGCCUGAGAAAGAGCUGUGUCCUCCAGUUUCCUGUUCGGCCAUGUCGAAUGCGGAGGAGCAAGAAAAUGAGCUGCUCGUCCUGGAAAGCAUCUUCGACGCGUCAGUCUUCUCAGUGGACAAGGGCCAGCCGCCCACGGGUCACUUCUUGGCCUGCGUCACCCUACCCAAGCCCUUCUACGUCCUCAUCCCCAAGGUCAAUGCACCGGGGGAGAUGGAAGACCUUGGAGUGGAGUACCUGCCGCCUAUUCGUCUGGACUUUGAGUUGCCGGAAACUUAUCCGUCUGAGUCCCCGCCCAGUUUCUGCAUCAGCUGCCCCUGGCUCACCCUACGGGAGCUGGAGCGUCUGAGCCUGGCCCUGGACCAGUGCUGGCAGCGUGAACCCAACGUGGUGGUGCUCUACCGCUGGAUGGGGCUGCUGCAGGACGAGGCGCUGGAACACCUGCAGCUGGAGACCAACCACAGCCUCAAGCCCCUGGUCCAGGACCUGGCCUGGCUGCCCAGUCGACCCGGAGAGUGGCGGAAACGCUGCUUCCAGUCCCGGGGCAAGUUGCAGUACGACUGUCGCUGCUUCAAGGAGUGGCUCGAUCAUCGGCAGCUGGCACCCAUGCUCAGGGAGUACAACGCGCAGGAGAAGCGCCGGGUGUUCGACAGCGAGUGGCUGACCUGCCAGGUGUGCCUGACGUCCAAGCUGGGCCGGGAGUUUGAGCCCCUGGUGGGCUGCGGCCACCCGUUCUGCCGGGAGUGCCUGGAGCAGCACUUCCGCAUCCAGGUGGAGAGCGGGGCCACCCUGUGCUGCCCGCAAGAGGGCUGCACCGCGCAGGCCCUGCCCACGCAGGUGAAGGCCCUGGUGGGGGAGGCCCUGGGGACCCGGUACGAGGAGCACCUGCUGAGCCAGUACCUGGCCAGCCAGGCGGACCUGACGUACUGCCCCCGGCUGCAGUGCCAGCAGGCGGUGGUCACGGAGCCCGACCUGCCCAUGGCCCGGUGCCCCAGCUGCCACUUCGUCUUCUGCCUCUACUGCCGCAUGGUCUACCACGGGGUGCAGCCCUGCCGACUCAAGCCCGGGGAGCAGCGUGCAAUCCGGGACCAGUACCUGAAUGGGUCGGCGGCGGAGAAGCGGCAGAUGGAGAAGCGCUACGGGCGGCGCACCCUGCAGCUGGUCGUGGACGAGAGCCUGUCCCAGGACUGGAUGCAGGAGCACAGCAAGAAGUGCCCUCACUGCGCGGUCUCCAUAGAGAAGCAGGACGGCUGCAACAAGAUGACCUGCUGGCGCUGCGGCACCUACUUCUGCUGGCUGUGCGCCGUGCCGCUCAAGUCGGCCACCAACCCGUACCAGCACUUCAGCGACCCCAACUCGCCGUGCUUCAACAAACUCUUUGAGGGCAUCCAGGGUGCCGAAGACUUUGACGACAACCACGAACUCGGGGAGUUUUUGUUAUAGGGGACAUGUGGCAGGUGUGUGCGUGUGCAAGUCCAUGGUGAUCAGGUCACGGUGCCGGAGUUUCUGCGUCGUCUGCCGGGGACCGGCGUACGGCGCAGGCUGGACUCGAGAAUUGCGUCGGCGUCCAACCAUGAGAGUUCUAGUAGAACUGAAAUGAAUGUGGUGCAAAGGAACGAGGACUAGUAUGAGUAAUAGACUAGUAGAGGACUAGGAGGACGGAAAGCCACUACUAGUCUUCGUCUUUUUGUGCCAUCUUUAUUUCUAUACGUGUAACGAUGGUGUCCGAUCCGUGCCCGGCGCCGGCUUCCCGCAAGCGACGCGGAAAGAUCUGGCGCCAUGACCCCGUCGCCCGAUAGGCGUUGGUGGAAGCCAUCGUCGCCGUUGGCAAAACCCGUGUUUGGCGAGGCACGGCCGUCGUCAGCGUCGUGCUUUGUGCGUCGAGUUGUACAGGGUGGUUUUUAUUUUGAAGUCGGCAGAACGUCGGCAGGAAGGCGUCCUUUGGUCGGACGUGUCGUCGUCGUCGGGGGAUCCGUCUGCGAGGCCCGAAGCGGGCUGCGAUGGUGGGGAUCCACACGUCCUUACAAAUGCGAAGCGGAGCGUUCCCACCAUACGCACACUGCGGUCACCGAGAGCGAGAACGGCAGGGCGUGAAAUUCGAAUGCCCGACCACCGGCACGCGCUGCACGCCUUCCGCCACGCUUUGCGUGUGCUCGAAGUGCACUAGACGUCGAGUCAUCGUAGACGAUAUGAAGCUGGUGCCGGAGGCGGGACGAUCGAAACUCUUCCCCGCCAUUUUCGCAUCGUCGGCGACCGUGACUUGUUUAUUCGGCCAACAUUAUUCCUUCCUUCAAUUUUAUUUUUUCUUUAAAAUUUUGUUACAAACGCACAAUUAGACGAGGCACAUUCUGUUUACUUGCUAGUUACGUUCUGUCUCUAUGCUAACAUGCUCAUUCUGGGAGCAUCGUUCAUCCGUUUUAUCUCGAAAAUCCAGUUGCCCAAUCUUUAACAAGGUUAAGAUUAUAAUUAGUAGACAGGCCGUCUGAUCUUAAGUCGUCGCAUACAUUCCGUUCUCUUCGAACGUGUCGAAUGCAGGUGUGAUUUCGCCCUAGUCGUUUUUACUCUCUCAUGAAUGCAGUUUUAAUUUGACGACACGUCGUGCCGAAAAUCGAGUUUAAUGAAGUGAAGCCUCUGCGAGAAUUUCUGUUCAGUGAAAGAGAAGCAUCCGAUUACAACGGCUUUACUAUAAUGUUCAAAUUCGUUAGAAACAAAGAUGCCCGUUUGCACGACAGACUACUAAACGAGUUGGACAUACAGCUUUGACUCGUAAUAAAAAUUACUGGCAAGUUUUUUUUAGUUUUUUUUUAACUUUAGUUAAAGUCAGUGCCUUGUCUGUCCAAUUCAUUUACUUGUCGGUCGUCUCUUUGACUGUUUUCCUUUAUUUCCGAGUAUGUUCUACGCAAAAACAAACACCAAGCGUUACUACACAGCAGUUGCAACUCCUUUACCAAUCGUAAUGUAACGCCCGAGACUGUAGUGCGGAAAAAUUAAGAAACUUCAGAGUAGAGAGAGAGACGGUGGUAGGGGAAGGUCUUGACGUACUCCCAUCGUCAUCCUUUCGAGACGUUUCCUAGUGUCGACACUUCUUCGACUUUAAAUUUUCUCAAUUUCCCUGCACUGCAGUCCCGGGAAUUACAUUACGAUCAAUUAUCACCAGGUUACCAGUGUUCUUUUACCAAGUUGCGCUCUUUCAAGAAUACUCGGACCUCCUCCUAAUUGUGUGCUGUUCCCAGUUAAGGAAUGUGACAUGUGACUAUACGACUGCUAAUGAAGUAAAGCAAGUGAAGUUUCAA